CGCGUUUAUUUCAGUGAUAAUGGCGCAUGAUGACAUGUACGACGUAAAAGUGAAAUAUGUCAUGACAUAAAUCGGAUUUUUCUCAGUUUUUUUGAGCAAUUAGCACGGAAAAACAUGGAUUUUGGUACGCUUUUGCACACCGCCCAAAAAAAUGAGAAAGGCUCCAAGAAAGAGCCCGUCAGGUACUACAGUACCAAAUUCGAGCCUCCAAAGAAGGAACAACGCAGUAAACAAUUGUCGGAAAACAUCAAAAAGUUUUUAGCGAAGAAGGAGGCCGAAGAGAGGGAAAAGAAACUCGAAGCUUUGAAGAAAAAGGAGGAAUUGUUGGCUCUGAGGGCUAAGGACAAAAAAGCAACAAGACGGGUUAAUGUGAUGUUAAAGCGUACUAAAUCUGCAAACCAAUCCGUGCUUCAAGACGCUGUUGAUGCUAACAACACUUCGGUGACUUUAGCCGGCCCCAUUCAGCCAGACGAGGAUGACUAUGGCUAUGUCUCCCAGGAAGCGGCAGCGUUUUACAAUAAAAUGAUGGAAAAGUACAGCAAAAUGCCAGACGAGCCCAAAUUUGGCUUAAACAAGAAGAAGAAAAUAAGCACGGAUUUAAACAGCACUAAGGAGCGGGUCAAGGCUGCUAUUGAGAGAGAACGGGAGGAGGCAAACAUGCCCCACAAAAGGCGAAGAAAGCACAAAGAGGAAGAGGAAGAAAUUGAGAAUGAGAAGCAGGAAGUGGCCCCAAAGCCUAAACCGAAACCUGCAGCGCCGCCCCCUUUAAACUUCAAUGACUUGCUGAAACUGGCCGAGAAGAAGCAAUUCGAACCCAUAAUAAUUGAACAAAAGCCAAAGGAAGAGGAGAAAUUGUUUACGAAGAAGCAGAAAAAGGAGCUGGAGAGGGAGAAGGAAUGGAGGGAGCGGAAGGAGGGAAAACUUCCGCCUUUGGAGAAACCAGCUGGGAACAAAAUCCCCAAAGUGAACAACGGGGAUAAAGCGCAAGCUUUGGCAAAGAAAAAUUCAACAGAUCUGAUUAAGAAAAGUCAAGUUAAGGUGCCAGAACCCACAAAGAAAAUUGUGUCAAAUAACCAGCCCAUUGUUGAUAAGAAACCUGUGCCUUCCUACACGAAACCGGGGUCAAGUAGUUUAAACAAAGUCAAAGAUUUGAAUGAUGUGAGAAAGAGAGAAGCGCCAAAAUCGGGUGGGAGAGACGUUGUUGCACCUAAAAAACCUCAACUUGAGCUUAAACCUAAACAAUUUCCCCCGAAAGAUCUUAAACCGAAGCAGUUCCCGCCUCCUGAUGUCAGGAGAAAAGAGUUUCCGCCUCGUGAUGUUAAGAGAAAACCGCUUGUCAAUAAAAGGCGUAUUUUGGAUGAUGAUGAGUACGAUUCUGAAAUGGAUGACUUUAUUGAUGACGGGCCGGAAGAAGGCGAAGAUUACUCUAAAUACAUUAGCGAGAUUUUUGGAUAUGAUAAAUCGAAAUAUAGAAAUGUUGACGAUGAUAUUGAUAAUAUGGAAUCAACGUUUGCACAGCAAAUGAGGGAAGAAGUGAUCAGUACAAAAAUUGGUAUCAUGGAGGAUUUAGAAGAUAUGAAGAAAGAGGAAGAAGAGAAAAGGCGGAAAGCCUUGAUGAAAAAAAAGAGAUUAUAAUUGUAGCUGUUGUGAUUGUGGCAUGACUUUGUGAUAGGUGAUUGAUAACUUUUAGGAACACUUGAAAUUGUAAUUUUUAUUGUUAUCCUUUUAUUACGGAAAAUUUAAACUUUAAUAUAUACUAGACCGCCAUCAAA